AUGUCGUGGCUGCGACUUGAUCCCACCCCGCGCGUCGUCCUGCUCGGCACGCACCCCUCGCUGACGUCGGUGGCGGCGGAGUUUCCGAGCCACGUGAGCGUUGAUGCUGACGUGGACACGAAUCUCGAAGGCACGCCGUUGUUGAAUUCCGUCCUUGCGCGCAUCCAAGCCUUCGGCGCAGCAUCGACCGCCUCCGCGUCGCCCCACUGUGACUUAGUCAUGCUAGUGGAUCCGGAUGUGCUCCUUUUUAACGACGUCUUAUUCGCGGCGCGCCGACUCGCGUCGCGAUUUUCCUCCUUCGUCAUGCUCUCUGCUCCCUGGGAUGUUCACACCUUCCGGUUCUCGCUCGACCAACUCCCUCCGCACAUUCACCCUUCGUCCUCCGCAAAAGCCUCCUCAGCCAAAUCUCGCGACAGGUUCCCCACCCACGUUGCUGCGCCCGCCCCGUCAAGCGGCUCUUUCUCCACCCGGCGCCGCCGAUCUGCGCGGCUUUGGGACAGCCCGGAUCAGGCGGACUCUGCCGAGGUCAACGGGGUCAACGAGGUCAACGAGCAGGAGAUACGAGACUACGUCCGACAGCGCGGGCAGCUGAACGUGGCGGCAGGUGCGACCGUCCUCAUGUGGAACCGUCCCGGGGCGCCUCUUCUCCAUCCCAGCGUCGCCAUCCCGCCCUUCUUCCUUGGUCGCGGAAGCUACCUCCGCUGGCUCGUAGCGCGCGCCGCUGGCUCCCUCUCCGUCACCGCCGCCAACGGUACUAACGGUAACGAUGACGAUAACGUCACGGCGCAAGUUGGACGCGCUGCGACGAAGCAGGAGGCGGCUGACGAGGCUGGCGUGCCGGCGGCGGCGUCGCGAGACGGCCCGGAGUCGCGACACGCGGUGGAUGCAACAGAUGCGGUUACGGCGGUGCGCGUAUUCUCCGCGUUGGACGCGCAGCGGGAGGCGCAACUCGCCGUCGAGAAACGUCGCGGCGAAACCGGCGGUAACGUCGCCGAGAAUAGCGCCGGAACUGGCGGCUGGAAGAAGGCCGGAUUCGUUUCGCGACUCGCGCGCUCGAUUUCGCCGCGGCAGGUUCCGCAAAGGCGGAGGCUUCAAGGUGGGGCGGAGAGCGCGCACGGGGGGAGAUCGCACCAAAGCAGCGGAGGGUUACUAUCCGGCGAGUCGUUCUCGUUCGGGCAGGGAUCUCUGUGGCAGCCGCUGCCCGGAAAAAACGCGAAGCGGUGGGAGGUGUACGCGAAUGCGCACAUGGCGCAAAUUCAGCGGCUCGCUGGAGGUUUGAGCGUCGAAGACGGUUCUUUGGGCCACGCGCCGUGGCGACUCGCUCCCUGCUUCGUGCCCGGAGGCGUAGCGAAAGAUGAUUCCCUGACUGCAGCUGCCGCCAAAGCUACACUUUCUGCAAAGAACAGCACUGUUCAGUCAACAAAGGGAAAGAACUCCUUAUCGUUGGAGAAGAAGCAAGCUGAAGCGCGUACAACUGCUCACGUGGCGUUCUGGAGGGGUACUGAGGGCCUGCCGCAUUCGCUGGAGCAGCUGCUGCCGAUCGUUGCGGGCGAGAAGCAAACAGUUAUCUUAUUAGCAGCUUCGUUUGAAGACAGGGAGGCUGCUAUGAACAGUAUUUGCAGAUUGCGCAACGUUGGGUUGGGCAACUACAUUCUGGCCGCUUUGGAUGCCCGCAUGUACGCAUACGCCUUUCUUCAAGGCAUCCCCGUGUUCAUGGACCAGGCAUCAAUUUCAAAUCAGUCCGCGAACGCUGCAUCAUUGAACGACCUGUCAUCUGCUUCCCGAUUGGCUGCAGUCACCCCAGUCCUGAUGAUGCAGAUUCUCCGCCUGGGCUAUUCCGUCCUGUGGGCUGACGUCCACACAAUCUGGUUCUCCAACCCCCUCCCCCACCUCCUCUCCCUAGACUCCAACACUCUAGCCGUGCAAAGCAUGUCAUCCGACAUACAUCAAGCACCCAACUCUGCUCGGACCAUCGGCGCGGGGGUCAUGUUUGCCCGGCCUUCCCACCUGUCUCUCAAGGCGUUGGCUUCGGUGGUGGCUUAUACGGCUGCUGUGCGAGCGGAGGCAGGGGAGGAGGGAGGGAGUGCGGGUGGGAGUGCGGCGGAGGGCGAGGAGGAAGUGGAGGAAGUGGAGGAAUACAGGGCGUUUCACGAUGUGCUGUGUGGCGAGGGCGGCAGACUCAAGGCUGGCAAAGGCUUAUGCCAGUGGAACAAUGGCUUUAAGGUGGUUUUCCUAGAGAGAAGCCUCUUCCCUAUUGGCAGCAUCAAGGGCGUCUGGGAUACUCCUCCGAGCCUGGGAGGCUUGGGCCGGACCUGCGAGAAGCUUGGGUGCAUUGCGGUGCAGAACAGUGGGAUCAGGGGCCGAGCAGCCAGGGCGGAAAGGCUUCACGCACAUGGGCUUACAGCGUAUGAUUCAAUGAGACGUAUGUGCAUUCGUAGCUGGGGGGUGGUGGAGCAGGGAGAGGAGCAGGUGCAGAGACACUUUAUGAGGAGAUGA